AUGAAGGCGGCGGCGAAGGUAGUGGGAUUCACAGUUGGCACCGGGGGGCCCCGAGGCGUCACUGCCGUCGAGAACUAUCCGUUUUCUUUUUCCGCUCGUAAGGUUGCGUCUUCAUAUCCCGUUUCAGCGAGGGUAUCGUUGGAGGAUGACGUGAAACUGAAGGCCUCGCAGACGCAGGCUGACGUCCAGAGGCCUUGCUCGGAGCUCGAUGAUUGGGAGGUCGCUGGAGGAGAGGAGGAUUUGAUGGUUAGUGCCGGCGAGACCAUGCCAAGGGUUGUAUUUGGUGGCCCGCCGACUCUUCAGGAAGCCAAGGAGGCCACUUCUGAACUCACCGUGGCUAUCAAAAAGGCUUAUCUGUCUUCUCCUCAGUCUGUUGGCCAUGGAGGUUCACAUACAUCAGAUCACGGUUCCACCUUGCUUUCUAACUCAGAAGUUCUAGACACCAGACACACUACUGAGAAAUCCGUAGCAGCUGCUGUACCAACUCAUGCUAUUCAAGCAUUUAGGUUUCUAAACAACAGCUCUGCAGCUCAGACUGUUGUUGCCUCAGUUGCUUGUGAUCCAAAUGUAUGGAAUGCAGUAUUACAAAAUCAAGAGCUUCAGCAGUUUCUGCAGUCACAGAAGACCUGUUUGGCCUUCUCGGAUAUGAAUUUAGAUGUCAAGGAAUCAGUUGCUGACUAUGAUCUGCGCAACCGCUCACUCCAGGAGUGCGAUGAUAGACCGUCCGACUCAGGUCAUUCCGAGCCAGGAAAUGGAUUUCAGGAUAUUAUGCAGAAGAUCAAGCUUGCUGUGGUUGAAAUGAUGAAUAGCUUGUCGGGUUUCUUCCAGAAUUUCUUCAGGGGCAAGGCUGCCAAUAAAGGAUCUAUGAAUGAUGAUGAAACUGCAAGAUUAAACAGUGUAGAGACUGUUUUGGAAGCAUCAUUAAUGGGAUUGGCGAUCAUGGCAAUAAUGGUAAUUUUACUGAAGCGAGGUUAG